AUGUCAACUAAACUUCAGCUUCCUCUGACUAGAGUAAAUCUUGCGUCUCUUCAAGACAGACUCCAACAGCGGUCGAAGACAUCCGAAUCGGAUUUGACUGAAGCAGCUUUCCUGGCACAAGCUGAAAGGGCGCGAGAUUUACGAAGGGCCCGAUGCCUGGAAGUUGUAUCAAACUCUAUCAAUGAUAGUGACCUUCCUGACGCCUGCCCAAAAUGCUCAUCCAGUUUGCUAUAUUGCCAGACAUGUACCAGCCGUAAGCUCUCUUCGAUACCAACGGGCCUUGCGGCAACGCCCACAACAUUUGGUAUAUUAGAUCUUGAGAAGGAGCUAGCGCCUUACACCCAAAUCUCAUAUCGAACUGACCACCCAAUUCAACGAUUCCUCACCCCAGGCGCUCUUUUUGAUCCACCGUUAAUUUCAAGGAAAGGCCUAGAGAGUAUGAACUUAUCAUACUCUGACAGAGAGUCGGUUGGUAGACGGCUUAUUAUCGCAGAGGCCAACUAUCAAGACACACAGCGAGAAAGUGUCUAG